UUUCUCGUUUCCACCUCUUGGUGCCAUUACCACUGGACAGCCUCUGCACCCUAGUGCAGUUGAUGGGUGCUCUCCUAGUGCCUGCCUGCUACCCCCUUUGCCUCUGAGGCCGCUCGUGUAGUCCCCUGAAAAGCUCCGGUAUUGCCGGCUCUUCUGCAGAGCUCUAGUCUAGGGGCAUUCUCUCUGUGGCAGCGGCCUUGCUGAGGUUCCGCCCCUGCCCUCCUACCGAGGAGUUCCGACAGGGACAGGAGUCACCCGGAGCCGCCUCGGCUGCAUCCAUCUGCCACCCGGGCAGCAAUCUCGGCGCCAAAGGCGUCUGCUAUUCUCCAGCCGAGGCGGAAGGCAGAGCCUGCUAGUAGCUGCACGGCUAAGUGCAAGGAGGGACGCAGGGCGGGCGGCGGCGGCGGCCCCCAAGCCGGCGUAGGCUUGAAACAGCCUCUGCCUCUCCAUCUCCGGUGCUGCGAGGAGGUGGCUCGUUUACUGUGCAGCCGAAACGCGAACCAACAACUAGACGGCACAGCAAGGAAGCCAAACAAAGGAGAGCGACAGCCGCGGGGGGAGAAUCCAAGAUAAAUGAUACAGAGGGUCUGGGAACAGGUGAUCCCUUGAAUCCACAGAUGGUCGAGUUCAUCAUACAGGGUAGUUCAAGAGGUUACUUCAUGCAAUACAAGAACUGAGGGAAAACAUCUAAUUUUUAUGAUGCUGUGGACAAUAUCCUGAAUCAGGACUAUUACUUUUACACACAUCUUUUGUGUCGUGAAAGGGAAAACAUAACAGAAGAAGCUCUGAUUUAUUGACUGUGAGACCACGGUGCAUUGAUUUAAGUGCUUGGAAGUGCAACUGUUGCACAGAUUUGGAGCUUUGUGUCUUGCUCCCUGCAUUGCACUUUGAACUGUUAACCAUGAGUGAGUUCUGGUUGUGUUUCAACUGCUGUAUUGCAGAACAGCCUCAGCCUAAAAGACGGCGGCGGAUCGAUCGAAGUAUGAUUGGGGAGCCAACAAAUUUUGUUCACACAGCUCAUGUAGGCUCAGGGGACCUCUUUAGCGGAAUGAAUUCGGUGAGCUCAAUUCAGAACCAAAUGCAGUCCAAAGGAGGCUAUGGUGGAGGCAUGUCUGCAAAUGUUCAAAUGCAGCUCGUAGACACAAAAGCAGGAUAACUUUACGACACUUUUCCAGUCCUUGUGAAUUUCUGUACCCUCUUUCCUGUGUCCCUCUCUUUAUGCCUUGGUGACUGCUUUCUGUGCUCAUGACGAGAGAAGUGAUGGCUCAUCAUCCACCCUUUGUGAUUACGCCAGUGAAGCAUUACUGUUCUGCCAUGAGGAAGACAUUUAUCAGACUGAUCUCAUCGCCUACUGUUCCAGUGGCAUGCAUACAUCUCACUGCUACUAAAACAAAUGUGGACAUACUAUUUUAUUGUUGUUUUUUCCCUUUAUUUUUCUCUCAACAUUUUAAAAUGAUUUUUCAAGCUGUCUAAACAGUUUGGUAUCAGGUUGGAUUUAUUUUUUACUUCCUCUGACAGCAUUUUAAAUUUUGAGGGGUUUUUUUAAAUGUCCUUCUUUGUAAACUAGAAGAAAGCGAGUUGCUAUUAAUCCAUUAAAUAUGACAUUGUUAAUACAUGUCUUUUUUGUUUCUUUAGUUGUUUGUUUUAAAGGUCUGGGACCUGCAAGCACAAUAAUCAUUUCACGCAUCUGUGACCGCAUGCUUUGUGAAUCUGCUUGGUAUGGGGGCCUAUAUGGUGCCAAAACUUUUUUUUAAAGAAAUGCUUGAUUUUGCAAAUGGAUGAUACUAUUGCUGAUUAAAAAGUUUUGCAGAGGAUCCAGAUCAUGCCAAUCUGUCUGGGAAAAGGACUUGUACUUUUUAGCUGCUUUGGAAAUAUAUUGUCUUAGAUUUUGAUCAAACUGGUCUUGACAUAAAUAAAGAAGAGAGCUUGCGUUUCUAAGGCCAUUUUGUUGUAAAUGUUUAGUAUAUUUAUUUUGAAAGAGCUGACCUCAAGAUUGUAAGCCAGUGUAGUAACGUACAUACUAAAUGUUGUGGUGGCGCUUUUGUCUGGUUAAAGAGGCUUUGUUAUGUUGACUGCUUUUUCAGUUAAAAAAAAGAAAAGAAAAUUCUUAAUUUUAGGCCAUACCAGCAUUUCCAGUAGCAGCAUGUGGAACUGCCUGCAAUAUUAUAGCUGGAAUUUUGUUGACCUGUCCAAAUAGUUGGUAGUUUCUGCAAACUAAAUAUUCGGGGCCAUGUAAGUUGCUAAGAGCAACACAGUAACCUGGCAGAAACUGAUGCCAGCAAAAACAACAUACAGGGUGGCUUUUUGCUAUGUUGGUAAAGAAGCCUUUUGCUCAGGUUCCAAAGCAUGUUCCUCUUUCACAAGGUAUAAACAUUGUGUUUUAAUAUUGCACUGUUUUAGAAUAUUUCCAUAAGAGGCCCUUCCCCACCUUCCUACCUUAUACCCUUUUCGUCACAUGAAACAGAAGUCAGUUGAAUGAACUCUAGCAAAAUAUUUUUUUAAAUCACACUUAAAAUCCUUCUUAUGCAACAUUUUUAACAUCUUAACUGGCAAGUGACACAGCUAAGUCUAACUAGAAAAGUUCAUAAAGUAACAACCACAUAUGUACACGUACCAUUUUCUGAAUAAGGCCCGUUGAUGUCAACAAGAGCCUCAUGCAGCUUUAAUUGAAGUCUAUCCAGAUUGCACAGUUGCAUUUUUUUGUAGCUAAUGGCUGUUGGCAUUUUCUGUACUCGUAUUCAUUAUUCAUGAGGGGUAAGACAAGACUGAGGGAUAAUUACAAAUAAAUCUUUUUAAAAUUACCAAAACAUUACUUUUUUUCUUAAAAGGAAGACAUCCUUCUUCAAAACAUUACCUUUGUUUUCAAGAGGUAAUAUUCAAGAGGCAAAUACUGGGUAAACAUUCAUUGAGGAUGCAUCCAUGUUCAGAUAGUUGAAAUGAGUGGAAGCCAUGGUUGAGUACAUCUGGGCAAGCUGUGAUUCCAUUCUUACCCAUUUCUAUAAGAUAAUUUCAAGACAAAUUUGUGGUUCAAAAAAGUCACACGGCAGAAAAGUACUAAGGCAACAAUAUUAUCAUUAGUGGAAAAUAUCAAAGUAGGGGAUUUAUUUUAGGUUCCUUCGCUGACAGCAUAUGCUGAUUCAUGACGUUUAGGCUACCCUAACUAAUAUGGUGGUUUUUACUAUCAGGAUUUUAAAUAUGUCCAUUCCUAAACUACUUCUCAAAAUAUUCUAGAGUUUUACAAUAAUUUUCAUUUUUGUUCUCACUGACUGAAAAUAAAUUUUAGGAAUCUUUUUUUUUUUGGUCAAAAAAGUCUUCAAUCUCAGUUGCCAGAAGAGAAACAUAUUUUUAUAACAAACAUACUUUUUUUGUACAUUGCGUUCAUUCUUAAAUAAUGUGAGUUCAGUGUUGUCUUGUAGACAUUAAAAGGAGAGUAUUGACUUUUGAUUCAAUAAAUGUUUUAUUUCA